UUGGAAUUUAGUUAGUUUUGAGUAAAGGGGAACAUCAAUAUGAAUUUGGGUCAGACCGCCCGCAUUUAUUUGGGUCUCCAAAUGGGGGACCAUCCCUCUAUAUAAAGUCCAUCCGUUUUGAAGCAGCAGUCAGGUUGGUUGAGAGCGGCUUUGCCAUGAGAUUCCUAGCUUUUCUGGCUGUCCCGCUCCUGGUAGCUCUUGUGUCCCUCGGCCAGGCGGACGACAGUCCAGGAUUCUUCCUGAAGAUCACCAAGAAUGUGCCGCGUCUGGGCAAGCGAGGCGAGAACUUCGCCAUGAAGAACUUAAAGACCAUUCCCCGCAUAGGGAGAAGUGAGCAGGCCUCUGUGACUCCUCUAAUGGCCUGGCUCUGGGACCUGGAUACCACCCCCAUCAAGCGCCGUCUGCCCUCCGGGGACUCGCAGCCAAAGGAGCAGGAGCUGAACGUGGUACAACCCGUGAACUCCAACACCCUGCGGGAGCUGCUGGACAACAACGCCAUUCCGAGCGAGCAGGUGAAGUUCGUUCACUGGAGGGACUUCGACCGAGCCCUCCAAGCGGAUCCCGAUCUGUACGGCAAGGUCAUCCAGCUGGGCCGCCGGCCGGACCAGCACCUCAAGCAAACGCUCAGCUUCGGCAGCUUUGUGCCCAUCUUCGGCGACGACCAGAACCAGGCCUUCAUGAUGUACAAGAACAACGAGGACCAGGAUCUGUACGGCGGCGGGAGCCGCUACGAUCGCAACUUCCUGAAGUACAACACCCUGUAAAUGGAGGAGCCAGAGAUCACCGAUUAUCUAUUUGGACAUGAAAGAGCGCUUAGUUUUUAAUCGAACAUCUAGAAGUGUAAAAUCGCCUAUACCCAGAUUCAUUAAAAUGAU